CUAGUCUCCUUGUAAGUACACUGCAGUAAAUUCAGUAAACUUAUCGAAGUUCCCCGCCUUCCAACCUGUGGUGAACGAGUCAAAGUCAAUGGGGAGGUGGGCCGCGAGGAUUAGUAGCAGCAAUCGGAGGGAUCGGAUGGAUAUGCCUGGCCUGGCAGGUGAGCGAACCCGGAGGCAGCCUGACGGAGGUACGUCCCGCUCUUCCUGCCUUAAUUCUCGUGUGCGGUAUUCUGGUAACGAGGGAAUUGAGAACUUCAGGUCAUGCACGAUGCUAAAUCGGGGUUGCAAGCCACUUUGCCCCUCGUGCGUGUGGCUGACAUUGUGGUGCUGGCUGGGUUCUCUGCAGUUUCUUGACCCCACCACCAGUAAGGAAAGGAAAAGGAGAAAGAGAGAGUGGAGGAGCCUCGGAGAGAGGUGAGGUAGGUUAGUCAGUAGAGAUUCGGAGUAACUACCUAACCAACUAAUGUUUCCAGGGACGCCCCAUUCGUCUCCCCUCUUUUAUCUACUCUUCUCUUGUCUUGUGCUCCCAACCCUAAGUCAGGUACUGAACUUGUACUCCAGUACCUUGCUCAAGGUUCAAGUCCCAAGUGUUACCCGAAACGAAACAUGCAUAUCUACUGAGUAGUUACAUACAUGGAUUGUGUUUAAAAUUCAAUUGA